UCAGUCUCUGUCGGGGAACCAUGAAGACGCUGCCGACUCUCAUAUUUCUGGCUCUGAUCUGCUUUUUGCAUCACAGCUCUGCUGCAGGUCCGCUUGGUCCAGAGCUGGUCUCUGCCGAACCAUGCUGUCCAGACUUCAAUCGAAGGUUAAUCCCUAAGUCAAAGGUGAAACAUGUGGCGAUGACAUCAAAUAGCUGUAAAACCACAGCAAUUGUAGUCACAACUGUGUGUGAUAAGAAGUCUUGUCUUGAUCCCGACUGGCCAUUUGCGAAGAAACUGUUGGUAGAGUUUGAGAAGGCAACUGAUAACAACAAGUCACUUUCUGCCCCUUUCAACACAACCAAGUGUGACGAACCAAAGAAACAGCAGUAAUCCAGUGUGUGAAUGCUGUUCCUUUGUUCACCGUAAUUACGUGUAAAUUAUGUAUUUCAUUGGUUGUUAUAACUGAUAAUCAAUUAUGAUUACACAGAAAAGUAUCUUUGAAUGUUAACUUUU